CAAUUGUGGCCGAAUUGAUCCGGCUAUAAUUGGUGAUCCACUUUUUACGGAGAGGAGUAUCUGCGAUCAACACCGCACAAUAAUUCUCUCUCCCAUUUUCAUUUCAUCUUCAGGAGAUCGUAGACGGGAGCGGCGAGAAGCAUGUCCCGGUGGCUUCUGGUGGCGGCCGCCGCCGCCGUCGCCGUCCUGGCGGUCUAUGUCCACGUUUCACUCAACUCUCCCAUCUCACCUCUUCCCCUACGCCUUCCUGUCUCCCCCUUCAACUUCCCUUCCAACAACCUUCUCCAGGCGGUGGAGAAGCUGGGAGAGGGGAAACUGCAAGGCCCGGAGGACGUCUACGUGGACGGCGAUGGCACGCUGUACACCGCCACGAGGGACGGCUGGAUCAAGCGGAUGCUCGCGAACGGAUCGGGUUUCGAGGAAUGGAUGCUGGCGGGCGGGGGAGGCCUCCUCGGCCUCGCUCUGGCCACGGACGACCCUGACGGAGUCCUCGUUUGCGACGCCUAUAAGGGCUUGAUAAAGGUGGGUACGGAGGGAGUGGUCAGUCUCGCUUCCCACGUGGAUGGUACCAGAAUAAGAUUCGCGGAUGACUUGGCGGAGGCUUCCGAUGGCAGCAUCUACUUCAGCGACGCGAGCAGUACGUUCGAGUUCCAUGAUUGGUUUCUCGACUUUCUCCAGGCCACGCCUACUGGAAGGCUCCUCAAGUACGACCCGGAAACUAAGGCCACCUCGGUGGUGCUCGAUGGCCUUUCCUUCGCCAACGGCGUCGCACUGUCCGCGCAGCAAGACUUCGUCGUCGUGUCCGAGUCAUCAAAAUUUAGAUGUUUGAAGCAUUGGCUGAAGGGGGACAACAAAGGGCAGACUGAAAUCUUCAUCGACAAUCUCCCAGGAUCUCCGGACAACAUCAAGCUCGCACCUGAUGGAUCUUUCUGGAUCGCGAUAUUGCCGCCGACACCAAAAGGAUUCAACUGGAUCCACGCGUCGCCGACGGCCAAGAAAGUGAUCGCUGCAUUCCCGACGCUCCUCAAGGCCGCCAAGGCCAUGUCCUUGAAGGGAGGUGCCAUGGUUGUCAAUGUUGGGAGCGACGGGAAGAUGAGGAGGAUGCUCGAUGAUUCCGAAGGCAAGGUGAUGAAAUUCGUCACGUCGGUAUUGGAAUUCGAUGACCACCUCUACUUGGGUAGCCUGGUUAACGACUUCGUGGGCAAGAUACGGCUGAAAUGAUCGUCCAUGUUCUUGGAUCAUAUAUCUAGUUUGUUUUAGUUUUGAUACCUCAAGACAAUAUUUCGUACAACAGUCCAGACCUUGUCCUCAAUGACAGCGGUUAAAAUAGUUAAAAUA